GUUUGGGCCUUUUCCUCCCUCCUUCAACGCCUAAAGCUUAAAAAUUAUAGAAAAAAGGCGAGCGAUCCUCCUCCUCCUCCUCCUCUUCUCUCUGCUAGAACCUUCCGCGCUUUCUUUCUCCAAUUAGGGUUUUUCAGGGUUUAUCAUAUCCUCCAUUUGCUAUCAGUCAAUUUCCUAUUUCAAUUCCUUCUCCCACCUACCUACACACCCAGUUUCAGAUACACCCUUAACCCUCUGCGUCACGUACCUCCAAAUGGUUCGCUCCGAUGGCCUCAGGCUCAUCCGUUUGUUGUCUCGUCGGUCCCUCACACCCCACCUCCCUCGCGAACCCUCAAGCUCCGUAAACGACGCGAUUCUUCAAGGGAGUUGUAGGCGAUUCACUUCUGGGGUUUGCAAUCAAUCCGUUGUUUUUGGAAAUUUCGCUUCCAAGAAUGUGAAUAAAAAGAACUGGUUUCAGUUGGGAGCUCUUGGGGCCAACCAUGGAGAAGCAAAAUUAAUUCAUGGCACUGCACAAAUGUCUGCUAGAGAUUAUUAUGAUACGCUGGGUGUGAACAAGAAUGCAACUGCAUCCGAAAUAAAGAAAGCAUACUACGGGCUAGCAAAAAAGCUUCAUCCAGAUACGAACAAGGAUGACCCCGAUGCUGAAAAGAAGUUUCAAGAAGUUAGCAAGGCUUAUGAGGUUUUGAAAGAUGAGGAUAAACGCCGACAAUAUGAUGAGGUUGGGCACGAAGCAUUUUCACAACAAGACCAUCACGGUGGCUUCCCUGGUGAAGGCUUUGACCCGUUUAGUGGAAUGUUUCGGGGAUUUGACUUCUCUAAUAUAUUUCGCCAGAACUUUGGUGGAGAAGAUAUCAAGGUUGCUUUGGAGAUAUCCUUUAUGGAAGCUGUCCAGGGAUGCACAAAAAAUGUGGCAUUUAAUGCUGCUGUGCCAUGUGAUACUUGUGGUGGCAGUGGCGUUCCACCUGGAACAAGACCUGAGACAUGUAGACGCUGUAAGGGCUCAGGCAUGACGUACAUGCAAACUGGCCCAUUCAGAAUGCAAGCCACUUGUUCGCAAUGUGGUGGAAGUGGAAAAAUUGUAUCGAAUUUCUGCAAGUCUUGUAAUGGAGAACGAGUUGUGAGAAGAUUGAAAACGGUUAAGGUGGACGUAAUGGCAGGGGUAGAUGAUAAUGAAACUAUGAAGGUGUUCAGGAGUGGAGGUACAGAUCCUGAUGGAAAUCAACCUGGUGAUCUAUAUGUUACUAUUAAGGUUCGCGAAGACCCCGUUUUCAAAAGAGAAGGCUCUGACAUUCACGUAGAUGCUGUUUUAAGCAUCACUCAGGCUAUAUUAGGAGGCACUAUCCAGGUUCCGACUCUAACGGGAGAUGUUGUCCUUAAGGUCCGUCCUGGCACUCAACCUGGACAGAAGGUUGUUCUGAAGAAGAAAGGGAUAAAAACGAGGAACUCGUACUCAUUUGGCGAUCAAUACGUGCACUUCAACGUCAGCAUACCAACGAGUCUUACUCCAAGGCAACGCGAAUUAAUCGAGGAAUUCUCGAAGGAAGAGCAAGGAGAAGACGAGAAACGCACCGCUGCUGGAGCAUCUGGCUAGAUGCAACAUUCCAAGAGGUAUUCUUUCUCAAAAAAAAAAGAAAAAAAGAUCCAACAUCCCAUUUUGUUGUAGCAAACUCUCUGAGUUCUAGAAAGGAAAGAUAAUGGUAUGGUUCUUGUACUAUGGAAAUAGCAAGGAGCCAGCCAGUAGUAGGGAAGUUUUGUAGGAGUAUUCUUGGUUGUAUUUAGGCGUGAGACGAACGCGAUACGGUAGAAAUACUGUAGUUUACGUUGUAUAGACAUAGACUCAGUUAUUUCUUUGCUUUUAUUUAUCAUAAUGGGGGCAUGAAUCAAUGUCCUCUACAUUAUAUA